CACCAAUGUCCAUGAUAAAUUAUCCGCGUCUCACUUUAAGUGUCAGUAAUGCAUAUUCAUGACUCAUUAACGCAGUACCACGUGACCCCAUAAUGUCAGCAAAGACCUGAGAAAUGAAGCAAAUAAACAGUUCUUGAAGAAACCAUGCCAAAUUAACUUUCAACCUCGUUAUGACACUCGCGCAGACGACAAUACACUUUUCAUUACGUGAUAGGAACCUCACCGACCCGGAUAUCAUUAAUAACCACAUUGAUGACUCCGCAGAGAAAGAAGCCACAUUACACUGAACUUGAUCACUGCAGGUGAUUAUAAGUCUAACCAACAGCCCCUAGGACUAAUAACUCCGAACAGUUGCUCGAUCAAGACGUGAUGGAUCAACCAAGAGCAGGGAUCAUCCUAAUAUGGACGCUAUUUAUUUUACAUACAACGCUGGCUGGGUUGCCGCUGCAGCAGAAAUGGCCCAGCCCAGGAAGUCUUCUUAACGACUGUGAUGUGUCGUGUGCUGAUGCCAAGAGACGCCUGGUAUGCGGAAGCGACGGUAAAACGUACUCCUCAAGGUGCGAGGUGCAGAAAUUGGACAAAUGCGACGGACGGAAUCUUAAGGUCGCCUACAAAGGGAGAUGUAAAACUAAAACAGAUCAGCAAGCGAGUGGGAGUAAAUGUCUGCAAGAAAGAGAUCAAGCGAUAUUAAGCAAAAAACCCGCAUAUAUACCAGCAUGUAGACCAGACGGCACAUACGCUGAUGUACAAUGUCAUACAGGCUACUGUUGGUGUGUCACUGAAAAGGGCAAACCAGUGCCUGGAACAUCCGUCCAACACAGCGACCCUUCAUGUGGUCGUGGCAAAAAUGGUAAACCUAAUAAACGACGAUCUGGCAAUAAGAAAGGCAGAAAGGGUUGUGGCCCAAUAGAUAGAGAUACAUUUAACACUAAUUUAAUUAGAUUAUUCAAAGAGGAAUUUAAGAGAACUCCUGGAUCUAAAGACACAAAUGAUCAAUCAGGAGGUUUAGGAAUAAAGGGGGACUCUGAAAUAAUGUAUACAGAGAAACGAGUAAUAGAAUGGAAAUUUACAACAUUAGAUAAAAAUAAGGAUGAAAAAUUAAAAUCCAAAGAGACAAGAUCUCUUAAAAGGCUAGUGAAAAAACUGGUCAAGCCAAAAGCAUGUGCAAGAAAUUUUAUAAAACACUGUGAUGAAGAUAAAAAUGAUGAAAUCAAUAAGCGUGAAUGGUCCAUAUGCCUUGGAGUCGACAGUAAUAUUUCCUUCCGUCUUUUCCUCCUCCUCAACCACAUAGAUGACAGACAAGGGAGUGUCGCCAACCUACCCAAGGAAAGCAGAGGAGACGAUCAGGGACUUCCUUCCCGUGGAUUAGGUCCGAGUCUCUCAUCAAAGCAGACAUUGCCUCUUUCUGCCUUACGACCACGUGUCAUUGUUCCCGCCACAGAAAAACCUGCAAAACGGGAACAGAAAAAAGAAAAAAACUGUGAAACUGACCGUAAAACAGCUAUGCAAAAUGACAAAGAUUCACCCGAUGCAGGCAUUUUUAUCCCUCGGUGCUCGCCAAUGAAUGCAGCUAUAUAUGAGAAAGCACAGUGCCACACAUCUACAGGAUAUUGUUGGUGUGUAGACGAAGUAUCCGGUAAACCUAUCCCUGGAACGUCGACCCACCAAGUGCAACCAAAAUGUGAUCUUCCUCCCGAGCGAGAAAUAAAAGACGAUUUUCCAGGUUGCCCAAUCCAAAACAAGAGAAGAUAUUUAAUGGACUUGAUGGAUCAAUUAUCUACAGAAAUGGUGGAAUAUGCAACAAAUAACUCGGACAAUAGAUUACCAGAGCCAGACCCUGAACAUUCUUUAGAAGAAAGAGCAGUCCGUUGGAAAUUUAAUAUGUUAGAUAAAAAUAAAAAUGGGAAUCUAGAGAGAAAGGAAUUAAAAGUACUAAAGAAAGAUUUAAAAAAGAAGAAGCCAAAAUCCUUACGGAAAUGUGGGCGAAAUUUUAUACGUUAUUGUGAUGCAGAUAAAAAUAAAAAGAUCACAGUUGAAGAGUGGAUCGAAUGUACAGGAGUAAAUGAUGAAAAAACUAAAAAGUUACCAACAAACCCAAGGCGACGUGGGCCUAACCCUUUUAUAAAUAAACUCACAUGAGGAAAAACAGUCAGCGGCAGUAUUUAUGCAAUCACCAGAGACACACAUAGACUAUUUUAGGUCUAUGAUUCACAAACUGAUAAUAUGAUAAAUUUGGUAUUUAAAAUACCAUUGUGGUCACGUGUUUCUUGUUUCUCAAUGGACUAUUUUAAAAAUAAUCUAACGUGAGCUCAAUUCAUCAUGUAUUAUCUUCAUGAAAUAUUCUUUUACUUCGGAAUUUAUCCCACAAGUAAAAGUAUGACCAUUGGCCACCAUGAUAUUUAAACCAUAAAAGGGUAUAGAUUGUUAUUUAUAUAGGACUUAAAGAUGCAUGUAAAUAAUUAUGUGUACAAGUACAGUAAUUCUCAACUGGCCAUAGGAUUUACCCAUUUCAAAUAAAGGAUGCAUUUGAUAAUUGAAUGUUUAGGUUCACCUAUGAUGUUAAAGAUUCACCCGGUUAUGUUAAUUUAAAGUAGUCAAAGAUUUGACCUAGAAUAUAUUGAAGUUUUGCAAUAUCAUAUGUUGAACUUUCAACAUCAGAGGCUGAACCUUCAACAUCAGAGGUCACCUUUUCAGUCAUUGAUUGAUGGACUUUCAAUAUUAAGAAAUGAUCUGUCAAAAUCAAAGGUUGACCCUUCAACAUAAGUCUUUGAACCUUCAAUAUCAGAUGCUGAAUUUUCAAUAUUAAAUGCUGAAUUUUCAAUAUCAGAUGCUAAGCUUCACUGCUAUUGGUUGAGCCUCGAGUAUUGGAGGUUGGAUUUUUAAAAUCAGAUGCUGAACUCUCAGCAUAAGACUUUUUUAAGUGAUUUGUAAGUGAUAGAACAAAGUCCAUAAAAAUCUAUUAUACAGUAUAUCAAACAUGUUAUAAAAGAAACUGAAGAAUAUGUUAUAAGUUAUUUUCUUGAAAUAUUGUAUAUUUUAUUUAGCUUUCAAUGUGAUCCUUUCACAUGGUAUAAACACAACAAUAUAUGAUGUUCAUAUAGCGCCCUCAUAAAAUGAAAUGUUUACUAGAUAGAUAAGUUGACAUUAUUCUAUCACCCUACCUUGACUUGUAUUUUGAAAAUAUUUUUACAGAGACAAACAUUUUUGUAACGUUAUUAAAGCCCUUAACGUUUAGAGUUUUAUAUGAACAAGCGCCAUUUUGAGGUAUCACACUUCUGGUAAUGAAGGCUAGUGUAAAGUACAUUAAAUAUUAAGCAUAUGCUCUCAUAUCUAUUUUAACCAAAAAUGCGGUUCAAUGUACUUUUGGAAAUAAAUUUUUACACUUGAAA